GUAGGAGUCAUAUGGAUGGACAUCUUGUACAUCUUCAUGAGAGCUCACAAUAGUGCAGGGCCAUCAGACACCGAGCUGACUGUUAGCUCUGCUAGGGUUUAUAACACCGAUGUGACUGGACGGCAGACAAGCCUGCCAGGAUAUCGGGGUGGACGGGGGACAACUAAGGAUUCCAGCCCCCGUAUCUCCAGUCAAAAUGGUUACCGCUGUGAUAAAGAUGUAGAAGGAAUAAACAGGGAGAGAUACAGGAUAUCUGGUACUGUGUUUGUACCAUCCGAGGAAAUGUCAAACGGUCAGCUCAACAGACCUACCACAUCCUUGACCAGUCGUGUGAUUCGUAGGUACCAAGGGGCACAAAGCCUCAAUUUGGAUUCUACUCCAUCCUCUCCCGACUCUCCAGGAGAUACUUGUGGAUGUAGGAUACCUGGAAUGAGGUCGGACAGGGUUCACCCAGUUAGUGGUAAUAACCAGAGUCCAGCCAGGGUCAGUUUUCAGGACCCUUCUCGGUUAACGGUGCGCCACAAUGACCAGCGAUCUUCCCACGACCAGAGGAGGUACAGGAGGGCGGAAACUGUUUGUACUGCCCGACCCCACACUAUGGCCGACUACAGUCAAUACUCGGAGUAUCUGUACUAUUACCAGACACUUCCACGGCAUCAGUCUCGAGGGUCUAAUAGCUACCUGUCAGAAAAUGCAGAUGAUAAAGUCCAGAGACUGGAGACAGACAAGCAGAGCCUGACUUUACAAGUCAGUGUGCUGUCCGAACAGGUGGAGGCCCAAAGUGAGAAAAUCCGGGAAUUGGAGCUUGGUCUAGAUGAGCGUCGGGACAGACUCAUGCAGGCGGAGAAAAUGUUACAAUCUGAACUCCUGACGCGGACGUCACUUGAGACGCACAAACUAGACAUGAUGGCGGAAAUAUCCAGCCUCAAGAUCAAGCUGGCCUCUUCUGACAAGGACAGGAGGGACCUAGAUGAGCGACUGAAAAUCUCUCAGAGACAAAUCAAGGAAGUGGAAUCCAAGUUGGCCUUACGAGAUGCAGAGAUCACAGAGCUUCGCCAGCGACUGGUGCGCAAUGGUACUGUGUUGACCCCAGACUCAAACGGAGCAGAGUCUCUACUCAAUGUUAGUGACCGCCCUGUAGAGAAAGAGAAAACUUUAGAUAGACUAAAACGCAAACAAUAUGAGGUGGAAAAGUUAAAGAAAGCUGUUGAUGCCUUAAUGUACUCUAACCAGGAAAAGGAUAAAAGAAUAGAAGAAUUAAGAAAAUUAUUAAAACGUUACAGAAAAAUAGAGGAAAUGGUGAUACAGGCUCAAGGAAGGAAAGCAUUAGAAGAUAUGAUCAUCAAUGCAGAGGAUGACACAAGUUCAACCAGUUCUACCACCCCGUCCGUCUCUGACAGUGUCCCCAGGGACCAGCAUGAUGGUUAUGACAGACACCACCCAAGUGCCACUAGUACUCCAGUCCACUCUCAUCUGGACAAUGGAAACCACACACCGUCACCGUCCAGUAAUAUGUCUACCCCCUCCCACAGAACAACGGGCUUACAGCGGUCAAACAGUGCGGAGGACGUCACACCCACCAAUCAAAAAAAAAAGACGGUUUCAAACAACAAUCAUCAGGAAGGCUACAGUAAUGGGAGUAACAACAAUAGUUUUGGUACGUUACCUAAAGAUCGGGUUCAGAGUGCCGACUUGGAUCACACAGAAGUACGAAAGUCUAGGGGGUUCCCGAGUCUGGGCAAAUCUCUGUUUCGGGUCAAAACAGGCAAAAGGAGUACCUCGGCCCCAAACCUAGGUGACGGGAAUACAACUAUUGAGAACGUGCCUGUAAAAUCUAGACUUUCAGCCCAUACAGAAGUAGUGACCGACGACGAGGACGGACUCCAGCACGUGGGCAUGGCGUCAGACAUACCUUCAGAGGUGAAGAAAAAGAAGGGCCUCAAACGCUUCUUUGGCAAACUUAAGCGGAGUGGUUCCCAAGAUUUUCAUGAGCGAGAGAGGGUGGAACAGUUUAGAAGAGGUGGAGUACGAGCAACAGCUUCAGGGCGGAUAGGGUGGUCAAAGGAACUCAAAUAUAACGAUGACCUGCCAUUCUCACGAUGGGACAGCGAGCGAGUGACGGCCUGGAUGAAUGACAUUGGUCUCAACAUGUAUCUGGUGGAAUGUCGACGCUGGGUGAAGAAUGGGGAACAACUCCAGAGAGCCAGUGCUCACGAACUGGAAAAGGAUAUGGGAGUGAAGAACUGUUUACACCGGAAAAAGUUACAGCUAGCCCUCCAGGCUAUUACAGCCAACUCAAAGGACCAGCUCAGCAUCCUGGACCAUAACUGGGUCACACGUUGGCUUGACGACAUUGGUCUCCCACAAUACAAAGAUGUAUUUUAUGAUGCCCGAGUGGACGGCCGUAUGCUGCAUUUCCUUACAGUCGAUGACCUACUGGCUCUGAAGGUGACAAGUGAGCUUCAUCAUAUUAGCAUCAAGAGGGGUAUCCAAGUCCUUCGUUCCAAUAAUUACAAUCCCCAGUGUCUGAGGCGGCGACCCUCUCCAGACGAGGGACAACUACAGAACAUACCUGGUGGAGUUGUGCUGUGGACGAACCAUCGUGUCAUGGAAUGGUUACGUACAAUAGAUCUGUCUGAGUAUGCCCCAAAUCUCCGGGGUAGUGGUGUGCACGGCGCCUUAAUGGUACUGGAGCCACGGUUCAAUGCAGAGCUGUUCUCACAGCUGUUGUCCAUCCCUACAAAUAAGACACUGCUGAGGCGGCACCUCAACACACACUUUGUAGCGCUCAUCGGUAAUGAGGUACAAAUCAAGAAAAGGGAGGCGGAAUCGUUGCCUGGCUUCAUACCUCUGGUGCUUAACGCCAAGGUUAAGAACAGGAAAUUUGGUUUGUUUGGUCACAAAAGGAGCAAGUCUGACGCAGAGGUGGAUAGCUUCAUUUGUCCAAUGGACAACGGUUUCUCCAAUGGAAUGACACGCAGAGAUAAGGAGAAAGCAGAAAAGGCAGCAAAAGAAAUUGGUGCUUUCUCAAAAGAGAUUAAUUCAUUAACAAACAUGUUGCAGAGUGACCUUGAUGAUGUGCCAACGUCAACUGUGUGACACGCCCACUUUGACUGUGAACACUAAUGUGACACGCCCACUUCAGUUGUAAACAUUAAUGUGACACGCCCACUUCAGUUGUAAACAUUAAUGUGACACGCCCACUUCAGUUGUAAACAUUAAUGUGACACACUUAUGGUGAAUGCUAUGUGACACUAAGUGACAUUCUCCCUUAGUGAAAAUGUGAACACUUCAGUGUAGAAGCCAUUUGCUUUUCAAACAUUUGUGAUCAUCAUCGACAUGCCAAAGUUUUAGCUUACCAAAAGCUUGCAAGUUCUCAGGGGAUGGGGACCCAGCCCCCAACAGUGAUAAAGUAUGCAGAGUGGGGGAGGGUCAGGGGUCAACAUGUUUACAGAUUCUGUAGGACAGGAGAGAGGACAGGACUCUGUAGCCUCCGUCAACACUGCUGUUACACUAGAGGAUACAGAUCCAGCAAAUGUUCUCCUCCUGGAACAGCUUCACAGAUAUGUGGUUUCUUGUGUGAUAAAAUUCUAACGAAAGUCAUCAGAAAUCAUGGGUAACUACUGUUUUAAAAAGGAAAACUAGCUUCUGGGUUUUUUUAUGGAUGUCUAAGAUCAUUUAUAGCCUAGAUUCUCAUCACAGAUCUCCUGUAGGAUACCUCGUCACAAAUUGAGGGAAAAUAUUGAUUUCCAUCUUUGACAUAAGUCGUCUUUGAAAUGCUCAUUUGUACCACACAAACUGUAUGAAGUGUGUCCGCCAUUGAGAUGUUCUUAAUUUGGUUGUUUAUUUUGAGAAUUUGUACAGAAGAAUUCUGUAUAUAUUAUAUGUUCAGUUGUGUAUAAAAGGCAAACUAGUGUAUAAUGAAUAUAUAUGGAAAUCAACAAUUACAGUAAAACUUGAGUAGUUUUAUUGUUCAUAUGUCAUUUUAUCUCUGACAAUUGCCAUAUUGUUAGUGCUUUUUUAUAUAACGUUAUAUUUUAUACAUUUUACAUGUCAUGCAUUUGAUUGGCAUUUUGUUCAUAAUUGUACAACAAGGGUUGAUUCAUCUCAUCUGUUCAUUGGUUAGUCAUUUUGUUUACACUACAGUCACCAGAAACUGUACAUGUAUGGUCAUCAAUACCUGUACACGUAUGGUCAUCAAUAACUGUAUGUGUAUGGUCAUCAAUAACUGUACGUGUAUGGUCAUCAAUAACUGUACGUGUAUGGUCAUCAAUAACUGUACGUGUAUGGUCAUCAGUAACUGUACGUGUAUGGUCAUCAAUAGCUGUACAUGUAUGGUCAUCAAUAACUGUACAUGUAUGGUCAUCAAUAACUGAACAUGUAUGGUCAUCAAUAACUGUACGUGUAUGGUCAUCAAUAACUGUACGUGUAUGGUCAUCAAUAACGGUACAUGUAUGGUCAUCAAUACCUGUACAUGUAUGGUCAUCAAUACCUGUACAUGUAUGGUCAUCAAUACCUGUACACGUAUGGUCAUCAAUAACUGUACAUGUAUGGUCAUCAAUAACUACGUGUAUGGCCAUCAAUACUUGUAAGUGUAGGCUAUAGCUGUAGACAUCAGUAUUUAGACUUCACAUUCAUUGAUAGGUAGAAUUUCCCUGUGUAUGUGAUUAUGGUAUUAUAAUAUCAUUUGGCAUUUAAUGUCAGGACAUUUAUUUAACAUUAACAAAACACAUAACAUUAUUAAUUCAUAAAAAUGAAGAGUAUUUAGUUAACUGUAUGACAUUUUAAUAUUUAAACACAUUUUUUGUAGCCGAUCAAAUUUAACACUAAAUUAAUAGUUCAAGAUCAGGUGUACAUUUGCAUAAAUUCUAAAUUUUAUAGAAAGUAUAGUGUACAACUUCUUCUGACUAAAUUCAUAUGAUCGGAUGCAUUUCAUAACAGCAUAUACACUGGAACUAUAUUUCAAAAUUGUUUUUGAUUGUUUAUAUAUCUGUAGAAGAUUCAGAUUUUAAAUCACACAUAUUUUAAAAGGUAGAAUAUUGAAAUAUUUACCUUAUCCAACAUUUAGAUUUGGUUGCUGUUUAAACAUUAUUUCUAUGUUUAAUAUAUAGUGUACUCACCUGGUCCUAUGAUUCACAGGUAAACUGAGAUUUAGGGAAACAGGAUUCUGAUAUUGUUUAAAAUGUUAUUCCCCUUCAAUUUGGUAUCAUGGCAUGCUUAGUCAUUCAUAGUUAGAGGCAUUAUGGGCCAAUGAUCAUGGUAUUGACACAUUGAACCUUUAUGUUGACAGAUUCUGUGUUAUUGCUAUGAUUUCCUUAUCUGCUGGACAGAUAGUAUUGCAGUUUUUUUUCAUAAUUGAAUUAUUUUAUGAGGUAGAAAUGUAGACACAUUCACAAAUCUCUACCUAUCUCAAUCCAUCGUCAGUAUCACAUUUUUCAUUUUAACUAGUGACAUCUAUGCUUCUGAUCUGGACAACUUCCAGACUGUCUAUACCAUGCUGGGUAUCCAUCUCAGAUAAAACCCUUUUUUUUUUUUUUUUUUAAACUCAUAUGCUGUAUCAUUUCUGCACAUUACUGAAUACAGAUAAAUUGUUAUAAAAAUGCUUUCUUCGUCAUUGUUUAUGAGUAUAAAAACACAUUUUUUUCUUCAUUUACUGGUACUUCAAAAAAUCUUAAUGUCUUUUAACAUGUUGUAAUAUAAAUUUUGACGAUGGAGAUGUUUUUUUCAAUUGUAACAAACCUGUAUGUGUAUUAUGGAAAAUAAUAUAGAAUGUAUAAAUCUUGUCUUCCAAUUCAAUUAAAAAAAUACCCAGAAUUUGUUUUCUUGGAUCAAUAUAACUGUUGAUUAUGCCUACACAGAUGUUGUAAUAGACUUUUGACUAGGUACUGGUAUUAUACUGUUAUAAUGAUAAUCCUGUUGAAAUGAUACCUUACUGUAUCUCGCUUAAACUUCUAGUAUUUAAAUACCUUACUGUAUCUCGCUUAAACUUUUAGUUUUUGAGAUCAUAACUCAUGUCAACCACUUAGAGAAUGGGCAAGGAGUCUCAUAAUUGUUCUGUCUCUCCGGCGAAAUUUUGCUAAACAUUUUAGAUGUUUCCCCCGAGUCAAAUCUAAAGCGAAAUUGUCUAUAUUGUUGUAUACAAACGGGAAUUAUGAUAGAGUCAAGCAAGUUAAUAGUAACUACUUUUUUUGUAAAUAAAUGAUAUACAUUUUGUAAUUACAAGCUUAGGGGAGAAAUUCGAGGGAGAAAAUAUAUUUGAUGGUGUAAGAUAUUGUCUCAUGCAUGAAUGGGUGAAUUGAUAUUACAAUUUCUUUGUGUUCUGCUGGAAUUGCACCAAAUGUAGUAUUCUUUGAUCAAAAUUGUUAAGUUAGUGUUAGAGUUGUUAAGUGUGAUCUCUAACAGAUGUCUACCACUGAGAUAGCCUGUAAAGUGGACUUCACCGACAAUGCCUUCACGACAUUGUAUGUUGUGGUCAUCAUGUUUGUUACAAUGUCUCUAUUGUAUCAACACAUACUUUAGGACAAAAUUCAUUUAAUGUGUUUUUCUUUGGACAUGAUACAAUAUAUAGUGAUUGCCUUCAAUUUUUUUUUUAAUUCAAAAAUUUUGUGGCUGUGUGUUGUCAAAAUGAAUAGAAUUUCUACUGCUAAAAACGAUAUUGAAAAAUAUAGAUUUACAUAAGUGUGAUGACAGUGGUUGUGGAAGCAAGUAUAUAAUGAUAAAAUAAUAAUAUUUUAAUGUAAAUUUAUGUGAUUUUGAGAGAUGUAAAAUAUUGUUGACUGGGUACCAAGUAUAUAUUUUCACUAUAAAAAUGGAUACAAAUAUUUGUAAUAUAGUGUUACCUCAUCAGUACAGACUCAAAUCACAUAGAACACUGGCUUUCCUCAUCAGUACAGACUCAAAUCACAUAGAACACUGGCUUUCCUCAUCAGUACAGACUCAAAUCAUAUAGAACUCUGGCUUUCCUCAUCAGUACAGACUCAAAUCACAUAGAACACUGGCUUUCCUCAUCAGUACAGACUCAAAUCAUAUAGAACACUGGCUUUCCUCAUCAGUACAGACUCAAAUCACAUAGAAUACUGGCUUUCCUCAUCAGUACAGACUCAAAUCACAUAGAACACUGGCUUUCCUCAUCAGUACAGACUCAAAUCACAUAGAACACUGGCUUUCCUCAUCAGUACAGACUCAAAUCACAUAGAAUACUGGCUUUCCUCAUCAGUACAGACUCAAAUCACACAGAACACUGGCUUUCCUCAUCAGUACAGACUCAAAUCACACAGAACACUGGCUUUCCUCAUCAGUACAGACUCAAAUCACAUAGAACACUGGCUUUCCUCAUAUUUAUGUAAUUACCAGUGUGUAACAGAAACUACUUUUUGAAGUCGAUGAAUUAAAUUUCCAUGUAUAGCUAAGGCUACAUAGUAAUAAUGAACUGUACCUGGUAUACAUUUCCUUACUAUCCUCCAUCUUGGAAAAUAUUCAAUUUAGUACCUGUAGUCUUGUAAUGAAGCCUUGUUAGUUAGUUCAGACAUGUUUCCUAUUUUAUGUUCCACCAACCCAAUAUUAGUAAUCUCCCUAACUGUUGAAAUAACCUUUCAAUGACUAGGCCUCUUGUCUCAUCACAGUUCCUUUACUUAAGGACAUUUUUUAACAUAAGAUUUUUUUAAAGGAAAACAUCUUAGUCAAGGAACUUUCCUUAAAAUCUGUAUUGCUUUCCUAUGGAAAAUUGUAAGUUAAAAAACUACCUUAAGUUAAAGAACAUUGAUAAAAUUUGGAACAUGACCAGGAUCAAUGACAAGGUAGUAAGGAAAUGGAUAGAAGAUCAGAGGUUGGUCCUGUAAUUAAAUGAUAUGAUGUAAGGAGUGGUCAAUAUGGAGUGCCUUGUCAAUAGAUCCUUGUGGCCGUUGUGUGCCUGCGUCUGAGGACAUAUCCUUUCUACAUCAUUCCUUAGGUACUAUCUCAUAAUCUGUACUCGUAUCUAUACUCUAUCUACCAGCUCGACAGAUAUGUCAUAAUACAGUAUUACAUACAUAGUGUUGAUUUAUUGGGGAAGCAGGCAAUAUCAGCAUUCAUUAAUUAACUGCCAGUAUGGUCAGAACAGUAAACUUUGAUCUAUAGGCACUUUCUUUGCUUUGUUUAAUUCUCUAGAGAUCAUGGAAGUUCUGAAGUUGUUAAUACACAUGUAGUACUAAAAUACUAGUAAUCCACCUUGGAGAUAUCAAUCUGUCAAAAAUGUCAUAGAAUUCAUUGAUAUUUUAUCUAUCUGUCAAAAAUGUCAUAGAAUUCAUUGAUAUUUUAUCUAUCUGUCAAAAAUGUCAUAGGAAUUCAUUGGAAAAUAUCAAGUUGUAAAGAACAAGAAUGGCACCUGUAAAUUGUUUUAUACUUGAUAAAGUAGUGAUUUUAAAAAGAUUGAAGAGCAUCGAUCAGUGGUAGAAAUAUGAGAAAUGUUUUCAAGAUCAUGAAAUUUGACUUUUAUGUUGUGUACAUUUCAAAGAGUAGGUUUUGUUUUUCACAUUUGUUUCUGCAAAAAUAGUUUUCAUUCACUUGUUCAAAUUUCAGGAAGGUUUCAUUUCAUUAUAAUAUAUUUCUCAUCUGCACUUGUAAAGUUAAUUUUCAGUGUUGCAAUUAAAAACAGAUUUCAUUUUGGUUAAAUUGAAUACUGUAUUGUUUGGUAGCUCUGUAAUUGUUUAAUUCCAUACAAAUAUGCAAUUCUGUUUAAUCACAGUAUCUAAUGCUCAUACACAGUAAUAUAAUAUUAUAAAGUUAUAUCAUGAGAGAGUACCAUAAAAUCGUUGAGAUAGAACCAUGAGGAUUUAUCUUCUUUUCAUGAACCUUCGGAAUGAAAUUUUAAAGUUUUAGAUUCACAAAGAAAAUUUAUCUUGAUAUUGAUUGUCUGCUGACGAAGAUUUUAGAUGAGCUCUUGUUUUAAUUAGAUCAAUAAGAUGUGCAAUGCCAGUACUUCAUUAGUUCUACAUGAUACAGGAACAAUAAACAUGUAUAUUUUAUGUA